UGGUUAAGUGACUGAGCCACAUAUCCAUUACCAUACAUAAGAAGUGGAUUUCCAAGUAUCGGUUUCGUCGAAUCUCGAAUAGUUCUAUUGGAAUCAAUACCGCGAACUUGUUAUAGCGGUUUCACCGAAUCGUAUCCUUUGUUAGUAUAUGCCUGGCUAGAAACGCAAACAUUCACCCAGAAGCCAACCUCGUUUUCUGGACACCUUGAUAUGGUCUGAUGGACUGGAAUCAUGCUGGAAAACCGUAGAUGAAUCCAGUUGUUGCAGACCUGUUUGAUCUAAUCGCUCGAAAGGUAUAGGCAAGAACGAAUGGGCAAUGGCAGAGGCUACAGAUGAGAAGGUUAGUGACUUAGAUAGUAGGGGCCAGCAUGUAGAUGAUGACCAACUGAGUCAUGACGGGCGAGGACGAGGUGGCGGCAGAGGACGUGGUGGCUUCCGUGGGAGAGGGCAGCGGGGCGGGAGAGGCGGGGCAGGAAGCAGACAGCAAGUGGACGGAGAGAUUGCCGUUUUCUCCAACAGGGAACUAGAAAUAAUGGAGGAGAGAAGCGCCCACGACAACGUCUUCUUCUUAUCGAAGAACAUGGAGAAAUUCGAAGCAUCCUUAGCGUCGCGUAGUGCAAAGCCGGAGCGAGUUGAGAGAUUGCUACGGAUCUUUGCCCGCAUGUGUCAGUCAACAACAUUGGCUGUGAAUAUUCAGAAGGUCAUGUCCAUCCUUGCAAAGUCACAUUUCUUCCUCGACCAGGUUGCUGGAUAUCUGCAGCGAUCCGACGUGGAGCCGCACGAAGCUAUUGAACAUAUGAUGAUUAUAUUUCGGUACUUGCUGAAUAAUUUCCCAACAACUUUCCAUGGAGUUGUGACAAUGAUGAUCCCAAGGAUACAAAUGGUGUUCCGUAAGAGAGCUAUGUCAUCUGGUGUUGCCCUGAAUGAACAGCUGGAGGUCAUCAAACAUCUUCACGAUGCAAUCACCGAGAAGAUCAACCGAGGCGAAGACUUAGAAGAUGACAAGCUCACCAAGAUCACUGAUAACUUCAUCACCAAGGCGAUCCUACCAAACGUAGAAGAUGUUGGUCCGGGGAGUGAACCGCCAGACUUGAAGGCAAACAUCGUCAAAGGGAAAUACAAGAGUGCAUUCCACUACUUGGACACCCAGUUUUGUCUGCUGCGAGAGGACCUGAUCGGGCCACUGCGAGCUGGGAUCAAACAGUACCGAGAAUUCAAGGAAAUGGGGAAAGAUGUCUCUAGGUUGGAUGAUGGUUACUGCUACAGUGAUGUAAAAUUGCUUCGAGUGGAAUCAAAGUCGCGUGGUCUUGCCUGCCGCGUCAAGUUUGAUGUCUCACAACUGAAACGAGUCCGUUGGGAGAAUAGCAAGAGGUUGCUACCAGGGAACUUAGUGUGCCUUUCUCCCGAUCAUUUCGAGUCUAUCAUCUGCGCCACAGUCGAGGAAAGAUUGAGCGAGCAGUUGGUGAAGGGAGAGGUCGUUCUCCUUCUUGAGUCAGGUUUGCUGACCAUGAUUGGUGAGAAGCGGGAAUGGGCCAUGAUCGAAGCGACUUCCUACUUAGAGUCAUAUAAACACGUUCUUCUCAGGCUGCAGGAGCUUGGGAAUGAUGUGAAUAAGGGUGGGGCAAUGCCAUUUGAGAGAUACUUCCUUGGUGAUCAGGCUGACGUCGAACCUCCAUCUUACCUUACACAUCAUCCGGACAUGUACUUCAGGAAAUUGCUCCCAAAUGAUCAAGAAGACUCUGACAAUUCGGAAAGCUCUGAAGAAGAAGUGGUUGGAAAUUAUGGCCGUGUAGAGCUCCAGAUCAAUGUCCUGGACCCAGAACAAUGGAAAAGGCUCGAAGUACUGGACCUCGACAAGUCCCAGUUAUCUGCUUUGCAAAAUGCGCUUACUCACGAGCUGUCUGUCAUUCAAGGACCGCCUGGUACAGGGAAGACCUUCAUAGGAUUGAGGGUGGUUGAACUACUCCUUUCAAAUAGAGACAAUUGGAAGACGGAGAAGCCAGAUUUCGAGAUACAACAAAGACCAGAUGAAAAAGAGGAACCUCUCGAACAAAUCAUGAUCAUGUGUUACACAAAUCAUGCUUUGGACCAGUUUCUAGAGGGGAUCCUUGACCUGAAGACCACAACUCCUAGCAUUGUAAGGGUGGGAGGCCGGAGUAAAAGUACUCGUCUGGAAAAGUACACUUUAAGGAACCGCCGCCACACAGACCGUGCCAGUUGGACAGCGAUGGACUCUAUUAGAACUGAUAUUGCUGAAUUGGACAUAGCACUUAGACAACACAUGAAGUCAUUCAAUGAUAAGCAUUAUGACCUUGGCCUUCGCAACGUCGUUAACACUGCACCAUGGUCACAAAUAGAAAGUCUGCGGCAGCCGGGUGUACACCUUGUAUACUCAAUAGUCGUCUGGUUGGCGGGCGGAGGUUGGCACGGCAUUGGUCAAAAGAAGUUCUGGCCACUUCUUGAAAAAAUAGAAGUCCGAAACCAAGGUCUAGAAACCACAAGUAGUGGAGAAGGAGGUGAAGUCCAUCCGCGUAAUCUAGAUGAAAGAAGGGUGGAGGACUACAGCGAUCAGGACCAGCUUCUCAUUGAUGAUCUCGCACUGGUAGAGGAAGAUGUCAAACAGCUUCAGUCGGAGAGGGAAAUCGAGGAAGAAGAUUGGUUGGCUUUGCAGAAGAAAAGUAAAACGACUCGCGAAGGAGUUGAGAAAAGUGAGGAUUGGUUCCUCCCAGAUGUGGUGCGUCAGAUGCUGCAGAACGAAACACCUAUGGAUGCCGAAGAAGCAGACAUGUUAGGGAACCUUUGGGAACUUCCUCUUAAAGUCAGACAGGGUCUCUAUCUUCAUUGGUGCUCGUCUUUCCUUGAGAGUCAAGAUAUGCAAAUCCAGCAGAUUCUACAGGAACUGAAGGCGAAGUACAAAGAGCUUGACGAAAUCAACAAAGAGGUUGAUUUUGACGUCAUCAGUUCGUCAGAGAUCAUUGGUGUCACAACAACUGGGGCAGCGAAGUACCAUGACUUGAUCCAAAGGGUGUGUCCAAAGAUUGUGAUCGUCGAAGAGGCUGCGGAGGUCCUCGAGGCUCACAUUGUGACCGCUCUUACAGAGAACUGUGAACACCUUAUCCUGAUAGGUGACCACAAGCAGCUCCGUCCCAAUCCAACCAUGUACAAACUUGCGAGGGAAUACAAUCUUGACAUAUCCUUGUUUGAACGUAUGGUUCGGAACAAUCUUCCUGUGUCGACAUUGGAGUUCCAGCAUCGCAUGAGGCCAGAGAUAUCACAAUUCCUUGUACCUCACAUCUACAAGGAACUGAAAGACCACGAGGUUGUCAAGCAUUAUGACCACAUCCGAGGUAUGAAAAGUGACGUAAUAUUUCUAAACCAUGCUGUUGACGAAGACGGCGAGGAAGAUACAAGAAGUCAUACGAAUGACCACGAGGCCGCUCUUGUGGUUGGCCUUUGUGACUAUUUGCUGAAGCAAGAAUACAAACCUGAUCAGAUCACAGUUCUGACAACUUAUUCUGGCCAGAUGUUCCAGAUACGGCGGCGGAUGCGAAACCAAGAAGAGUUAAGGGCAAUUCGUGUGGUCCCUGUUGACAACUUCCAAGGGGAAGAGAAUGAUAUCAUUAUCAUUUCAUAUGUGAGAAGCAACGAGUUGGGGAAAAUAGGUUUCCUUAAGGCUUCUAAUAGAGUGUGUGUCAGUCUUUCCAGAGCCAAAAUGGGUUUUUAUUGCAUCGGUAACUUUACCAUGUAUGCCAAGCGAAGUGACAUAUGGAAGGGAAUUGUGAAGGACGUCAAGGAAACUAAGAUGAUAAGCGAUCACCUCAGCAUGGUCUGCGCCAAUCACAAUACUGAGACACACGUCGCUAAGGAGGAAGACUUCAAGAAUGUUCGAAGUGGAGGAUGCCAGAAGCCUUGUGAGUUUCGACUUGAAUGUGGGCAUGCAUGUGCCCUUCUAUGCCAUCCGUUUGACCUCAUGCAUAAGGAAUACAUAUGCCAGAAAAUCUGUGAGAAACCAUGUACCAAAGGUCACAAGGUUUGUCCAAUGAAGUGUUUCGAAAAAUGCACUCCAUGCAGCCAGGAAAUAACGGUGAAGAAGCGAGGAUGCGGUCACCAGUACAACACGAAGUGUCACAAGGAGGAGUUACCUUGCGCAAUGCCUUGUGAGAAGGUGCUUGCAUGUGGUCACUAUUGUGUCGAGAAAUGCAGUGACCCAUGCACAUUUGAAUGUCUUGUCACUGUUAAAGUCGAAGGCGCUUGCGGUCAUACGAAUGAAACCCAAUGUCAUGACAGAUUUUAUUUGCUAUGCAAAAAGCCUUGUCAGAAACCUCUAAGGUGUGGCCAUCAAUGCAAGAACCUAUGCUUUGAGCUUUGUGAAAGUGGUUGUAAGGAGCCGGUGUCGAUGACCUUAGAGUGUGGCCAUGAAGUAAUGGUAGAGUGUAGCGAGAAGGACAGCAUAAGACAGGAUCCAUUCCACCAACGACAACUGCAAAUAGAUUGUGAAGUGGUUGUCAAGCAAACCUUGCCCUGCGGUCACAAAACAGAAACUAAAUGUCGAGACAGAAAUCUACCAAAAGACUGCAAAGAACAGGUCAAUGUCAACUUAAAGUGCGGUCAUGCGGCAUCUCUGGCAUGCCAUGUCGCUACUGGAGGAACAUACCAGUGCAAGGUAAAGAUCAGGAAAGAACUGCCCUGUGGACAUAAAAAGAAGGUGGCUUGCCAUGAAGAUGUAGAGAAGGUAUUCUGCAAUACAUCUUGUGAUGCCAAGCUAGAAUCCUGUGGGCAUAUUUGUCAAGGCACAUGUGGAUCCUGCAAAAUCGUGCACCAGAAGUGCACAAAGAGCUGCCAGCGGCGGUUGGUGUGUACUCAUAUGUGCAGAAACCAUUGUGGGGACUCCUGUGGUCCUUGCCCAGUGAAAUGUGAGUUUCGCUGUGCCCACAGAAAGUAUCAGAAAGAAAAAUGCUGCACCCCACGGAUCUAUGGGCAAUGCAGACUAGCUUGCAUGUGGAAGUGCCCCCACUUCCAAUGUACCAAGAGCUGCUUCCAGAGAUGUGAUCGUCCACCAUGCGAUGAACCGUGUCCAAAGAGACUACUCUGCAACCAUCCCUGUCUUGGCCUUUGUGGUGAGCCCUGCCCACCGGCAUGUGCAAAAUGCCGGUCACGACUCUUUGGUCGCUUCGCCAAAAAAAACACCCGAUGCGUCUGUCUUAAUCCAUGCGGACAUACAGUAUCAGUGUCAGAAAUGGACGAACUGAUGAAAACUCAUAAUGACACUGGAAACUUUAGAGAAAUAACCGUGAAGCGAUGUCCACUGCAGAAGUGCAGGAAGCCAGUGCUAUAUUGCCCAAGAUAUGGCACUCCCAUUCGAGAAUAUUUGUACGUCAUCUCCCAAGAAAAUAUCAAGAUGACCGAAAGAGGUGAAGUUGAUAAGAGACAUAAGAAACAAUUGUCGACUUCUCUGGACGAACUUACCAGGGUAAUUGAAAACCGGUUUUCGACAAUGACGAGCCCUGAUGCAAAAGAAGCCGACUUCCGUAGCGAGUUAGAAACACUGAUGGAAUGGAAAAAAGAUGGCGAUAGCAAAAGAUGCGCCUUGGCAUACGUAAUUGCGAAGUGCUCCAUCAAUUAUCUGUGUCACAAGAUAUCUACAGGCCGCUGUUAUCUAUGUUGUCCCUCUUCUUCGGGGUGCGGAUUUAUGCGUCCUUCAACUAGGACUGGGGAUUGUCUAUGUCCAACUCCAUUGCAGUGGUUCAUGGAUUUGAAAGGAAAGACUGAUGACGAAAAGGUGAAAUUACUGUGUGAUAGAUACGAUAGAGGGACACUCUCAAGCGCGAUGUCAGCUCAGAGCUCCAUGUUGGCGAUAGGAAGGGAAAUGAUGGAUGAAGAAAGAGAGAGACCAGAGCCAGAGAUGAAAUGGUAUUGCUGUAGUCAGGGUCAUUUUGUUCGCGUCGCUGCAAGUGAAGAUCCCGCCCGUCUCCAUUGUGACAAGUGUGACAGAGGUGAACCUGCUGACCUAGAGGAGGAGGAGAGAAAACUGGAGGCCGAAAGGCAGCUGCUGGCUGAUGUACGGCAGUACGGAUUCGGCCAGGGUCGAGGAAGAGGUCGCGGUCGUGGUCGUGGUGGUGGUGGUGCCGGAAGGGACUUUAGAUACAUGUAGGACUGGCUACUUUAAUCAGUUUCGCUGACAGAUUCAAAUCGCACGAGAAUAAGAAACACUAGCAGAUUUUUAACUGCAUUCUGCAUUAAUGGAUACAUGAGACGGGUCAAUCAAUGCGUAAACGUAGUUUUAGUAAUGACGCAGCUAAAUCAAGGAGCUCGCAACGGCGGACACGACGAUUUGGACAGGAGUCACGACAACAACUCGCUGUUCGGAUCUUGGCCUGACUCGAUUUGUAGCUUAGACUAGAGUGGUAAAACUGGUAUAUGUAGUUAUAACUGUAAUAACACCCCAAUAUGUGGAAUGUAAGAUUUUGACAAUGGGGUUCGCUCAUCUUGACACACAAGGCUCCAAGAUCAGGUCUGCCUGCUGUGAUGAAGGUGGAUAUUGGACUUUUCGAUGGGGUUUACUUAAAUUUUAGCUUUUGAUGUUUCAUUGUGGUCGAAUAUCUGUAUCUUGCGCAAUCUCUUGAGAAUUGAUAUAUGCAUGUUAUGUAGUUGUAUGGACUUACUGUGUAGAUCGAAAAGUGUAUCGGCAUAACAUAGAGUUUCUAACGAAAACAGGGUUACCCGAACUGUAAACCGUCUAAUUUUUGCGCCACUCAUAUUUUUGCGAUUUGCGAAAAUUCUCGAAAAAUAAUUUAAAAUUCACGAUUUUUACUUUAAUGGAUUGACGGCUUUCUUUCAAAUUUCCAAUCAGAAAAUACUUUUUGCGAUUUUUAUUUUCGCGAAAAGUCAUUCGCAAAAUACGCGAAACUAAAACGCCCGCGAAAUUUUAGUGGUUUAUAGUAAAGCGCAGGCAUGCUGGAUCGCGCAUGAUAAAUGAUGACCCUGAAAAUAUUUCAAAACAUUCUGAAAACAGUGUUUGCAUAUUUCAUGGUUAUUUUGUCCGUCGUGUCGGCGUAUAUAUUUUGUAACCAGUGCGAAUGAGUGUACUUUGUAGCUUCUAAUGGAUGUAGAAAAAAGUAUUUGUAAAACGUUCACGUAUACCCAUAAGUCUGCUCUUAAUUUUAA